AUGACUUACUUCAAAACAUCGGAAGCAAUUGAGAGUGUAAUGAAUGUAAAAAAUGUAAAUCAGAAUUGUAUUUAUGUACACGUGCGGGUUGCAAGUUCUAAUAAAAGUUCAGCGUGUGUUUAUUUAAAUGAGGAAAUCAACAGUUUAUUGGCUUUAGAGAAAAACAUUUUGCGAGAAGAUAAGCUAGCGAUGGGCAACUCGAGUAACUCGGGUCAGACCAUAGGCGAGUUAGCCCGAGCUAAAAUAUCUGCAAACCGAGUAGACGGAGAGUGCGCGCGGCUUGCGUUCAGUUGUGGGCUUCGGGGCACGCGAGUCGUGGCUGCGGGCGGUGCGGUGGGCUGUCGCCCCUCGGCUAGCUCACGACUCGCGAGGCCCGAACAACCGGAAUCAGCCCAACGAGAUGCUGAUAAUUUUUUUUAA